GGGUCUGGGGCGGCCUCCCGGCGCGGGCGCGGGCGCGGGCGGAGGCGGGCCGAGCGGGGACCCGGGUCCGAGUCUUCGCGCUCCUCCCACCUGCCGGUGUCCCAGUGCGCCCAGGGUGCUCGGUCUGCAAGGACCGGGCGGCGGGACCGCUGGGAGUGCAGGACCGGGAGACCCCAGCAGGCGCGGAGGCACAGGGCCCCUUCUCCUGGCUGCACAGGGAGAAAAGGGGUUAGCGUCUGUCCUCGUGGUGGCAGAGCCUCUUUCCUGUGACCCACAGUGUUUUGAAACACUCCCUCUCCUGCGUCAGAGGACAGGGGAGUCACUGGCAUAGCCGAAAAGGGGUCUUCCAGUUACCCCACCCUCCUGGAAGACCCAACACCUGGCAGCAGGCCUCAGAUCCGGCUCCUGCCCUUCCUCUCCAGACUCCCCACCCCACCCACUCCCACAAGGCAAGGCAGGGCAGGGCCCAGCCGCCUUUGCUCACCUGUGCCCUGGAGGUCCUCACUGCAUUUCUGACUCGGCAUGUGGGGCUUCCUUAUCUGUAUGCCCAGUCUCUCUAUAGCUCCCCAGCUGGGGUCUCUAGUGACCGGUUACCUGUUCUAGAAUGGUUCCCACUGCUGGCAGCCACUCAGCCCUGAGACCAGUUGAUCAGCCACUGAGAACAGGAUCUGCCAGUUAUUGGGGACCCAGCUCCCCAACCUGCUUGUCCCCAACUCACUCUGAUCCCCCAGGUUGUACUGCCCAGGGCCUUGGGCCCCUCCUUCCCCAGCCUAUCGCAAACAGUGGGCUCAGUGGGGGUGAGCUUUUUGCUGCCCUAGCCCCUUGCUCCUUGGACAGAUACCCAUCUGCACUUGAAUGGACAGGGGUUUGGAGCCAGCCUUCCCACACCUGACCCUCACAUGGCCACCUGCUCAUGGGGUCAGACUGCAGUGCUGUCCCACCCCACGCUGCCUGCUCUGCCUCCUGUGUGUGCCUGAAGGAACCUGUCCACGACCACACAGCUUAUCACAGCUUAUGUGACUUGUCAGGCACAUUUGGCCACCAGCUGUGGCUCAGCUUCGCUCCCGUGGCCGACACGAUUGCCCACCACUUCUUCCUCUCCACCAAGCAGAUCAACUGGCUUUCGCUAAUCUACCUUGUGGCGUCCAUCCCGUCCGGCGUGGUGGCCAUCUGGGUUCUGGACUCUGUUGGGCUCCGCUGGGCAACCAUCGUGUGUGCGUGGCUGAACUUUUUUGGGAGUGUGUUCAGAACCCUGCCCUUCCUGUUCAUCGAGAUCCAGGACCCAUUUGCUUUCCUCAUGGCUGGGCAGAGCCUCUGUGCUCUGGCACAGACCCUGGUCAUCUUCUCUCCAGCCAAGCUGGCUGCCUUGUGGUUCCCGGAGCACCAGAGAGCCACAGCCAACAUGAUCGGCACCAUGUCAAACCCCUUGGGCAUCCUGGUGGCCAACUUGCUAUCACCUGCCCUGGUGAAGAAGGAGAAGGAUAUCCCUUUGAUGCUGGGUAUCUAUAUAAUACCUGCUGGCCUCGCCUGUCUCCUGGCCACUGCCUGCCUCUGGGAGAGUGUGCCUCCCAGCCCACCCUCUGCAGGGGCUGCCCACUCCACCUCAGAGAAGUUCCUGGAUGGGUUGAAGCUGCUCUUGCGGAACAGAGCCUAUAUCAUCCUGGCCGUGUGUUUCGGAGGCGGCAUCGGCAUCUUCUCCAGCUUCUCGGUUCUCCUGGAGCAGGUCCUUUGUGUGAAGGGCUACUCCAACGAAUUUGCAGGCCUUUGCGGGGCUCUCUUCAUUGUGUUUGGAGUCCUGGGGGCACUGGUUCUCAGCCUGUAUGUGGACCGGACCAAACAGUUCACUGAAGUUGUCAAGAUUGGCUUCUGUCUGACCUCCAUAGUCUGCGUGGCCUUUGCGCUGGUGUCUCAGCUGCAGGGACAGACCUUGGCACUGGCCGCCAUCUGCUCACUGCUGGGGCUCUUUGGCUUCUCAGUGGCGCCCAUCGCCAUGGAGCUGGUGGUCGAGUGCUCCUUCCCUGUAGGUGAGGGUACAGCCGCAGGCCUGGUCAUCGUGCUGGGGCAGGCCGAGGGUUUGCUCAUCAUGGUCCUGCUGACCGCCCUGACCGUGCAUCGUGCGGAGCCGUCUGUCUCCACCUGCCAGGAUGGCCAGGACCCAUUGGACUGGACAGUGUCCAUGCUGCUGAUGGCUGGCCUGUGCGCCCUCUUCAGCUGUUUCCUGGUGGUGUUCUUCCACACUCGGUACCGGCGCCUACAGGCUGAGGCCCACAUGAGCCACUCCAUCCAGGAGGACACGUCCCCAGAGGCUGCGGAUCACGAGCCCCGCCUGGCAGCUACACCCUGAGGCUCCACAUGGGCACGCCCCCACCACCUCCAGCAUGGACUGUAGGAAGCUCAGGCAGGGGCCACUCAUUCCCAGCGCCAUUCUUCUGGCCCUACCUGCUUGUUUGGGGGAUCCCUGAGCUGCUGGAGGCCCCAGGACCUGCAGAGAGGUCACAGGGGUCCCUGCAGAGUUCCGGAAGCCAAAAGAGCCAUCAGUGCAUCAAGAAGUGGUCCUGGGGACAUGAAGGGGUGGCCAGGAGGAGUGGGCUCUGGUCCCAGGGUGACAGCAUCCAGCAGGUGCCAGAGGGAUUUGGAGUCCUUGGCACACCCAGAGCACAGCAGGAUGGCCUAGGGGAGACCCUGUGGCUAGAGCAAGAACUGCUGGUGCAGCCACCGGGCCUGCAGGUGCCCCAGUGGCCAGGCCAGACCCAGGGCGGCUGGUGCAGGAGCAGUGUAUGUGGGAUGGACCUGACUUGAGAAACAAGGGCUGAGGGGAAGCUUCAUGGAUUGAGAGUCCCGAGGGCCCCUGGCAUGACUGAG